CAGUGGUUACACGCGUAACGGAACUUGGCUACGUUGAAGGCGUACUGCACAUGCGCCCUAGCUUUUCAGCUUGAAGAGUAACUCUAAAUUGUACAUUCCGAGUUCAGGCUUGUUCUUACCACCUUUCGCCGACACUGUUCAGUGGUUGUUAAGUUGUUUCAAUCGAAAUAGAAAAUAAAUAAAUAACAAUGUUCGCCUGUGCCAGAUUGAUCGCUAGAAAUGCCCUUGUGGCCAACUCCAAACAAUACUUAAGACCACUCAGCAGUGCAGUGACCCAAAGCCAGCCUCUUGUCCAGACUGUGCAACAGCAACAACAGAAGCCAGCCCUUCUUCCCGCCAUCCGUAGUUUCCAGACCUCCCCUGUGACUCGUGAUAUCGACUCCGCCGCCAAAUUCAUUGGUGCCGGUGCCGCCACAGUCGGAGUCGCUGGUUCAGGAGCUGGUAUUGGAACAGUAUUCGGUUCCCUCAUCAUUGGUUAUGCCAGAAACCCAAGUCUGAAACAACAACUUUUCUCAUACGCCAUUUUGGGUUUCGCCUUGUCUGAAGCCAUGGGUCUUUUCUGUCUUAUGAUGGCGUUCUUGUUGUUGUUCGCCUUCUAAGCGGCACUGCCAUCAUUUUACCAUCAAUUCCGCAACUUGUUACAUCAACAUCAUGUUAACAUCAAGUUACAUUCAGCAAUAGGACAUUUAUUUUAUAUAUAUAUAUCAAUUAAUUUAGCAAGACUCCAGUGAAUAUAUGACAAGGGAUCAUAUUCUUGAAACAUCCAGAGACUUUGGGCUUACAUAAUUUACAUUAAAUAAAUUGGCAUAUAUUUAUUCGAGUUUACCAUCUGUUAUUUAGAAGUAACACUAUUGCAUAUUGUACAGUGUUAGAAAAUAACUAAUAAAUACCUUAAUUGCGAUUUUUUUCAAUUAAGGCUGUA